AUGAGAAAUCAAAUCAUUGGUUAUGCCCAGGCCUCAGGAAAUGCAGCAGCAGCAGGCCGGAACGAGAACGUCAACGAGCGUACGGCACAAUGCAUCUACAAACAUUUCCUGGAGACCGGGGAAACAUCCAACAAACCUCGGCUGGGUCCGUCAGAGAAGCUAUCCGACUAUGGCAGACGACAGGUCAUCCGCAAAGUAAUCAAGCAUCGACGAAUGCCAUUGACAGAGAUCACAAACCAACUUGCCACCCGUGUAUCACCUUCGACUAUUCGACACGUCAUUGCCGCACAAGGAUUUCACCAGAGGGUUGCACGCAAGGUGCCAUACCUCUCACCUGCUCAUAAACGAAAACGACUCAAUUGGGCGCGCAUCCACCAAUCUUUCCGGCCCUCCGACUGGCGAUGUACCAUGUUUUCCGACGAGUGCUACGUUUACCUCGGGGAUGAUCGCAGUCGGAUUUAUGUUACGCGGCGACCAGACGAAGAAUUACUGGAGGAAUGUCUAGUUCCAACCUUCAAGCAGUCAACAGUACAUGUUAUGGUCUGGGGUUGCAUCGCUGAGGAUUGGAAAGGGCCUUUGGUUGUGUUGGAGUAUCCAGGGGGCAAGGGAGGAGGUAUGAAUUCUACAUGCUACCGAGAACAGGUUCUCGAGCCUGUUCUCCUUCCUUUUUAUUAUCUCUUAAACCAAGAGAGAGGGAAUAUGACAUUUCAGCAAGACGGCGCUCCCAGCCAUGGCAGCAAGGUCACAAAGAGGUGGUUUGCCCAACAUGGCAUCCCACUCUUCCCACAUCCUCCUUCUUCGCCCGACCUAAAUCCCAUCAAACCCAUAUGGCACCUUCUUAAAUCAACUGUCAGACACCUUCCACAUCCGCCUACAACUGUCGAUGGGCUGCGCGUUGCCGUUUUGCGUGCGUGGGAGGGGAUUUCCGUGGUGGUUAUCAAUCAUCAAAUUGGAAAGAUGGAUCGUCAUGUUAAGGCUGUCCUAGCUGCAAGAGGGGGACAUACUGGAUUUUAA